AAAAUGCUUCAUCACCAUGAAUCACAAACACACAUGAUUAAUCACGACAAUCCUGUUGUCAAUUCGAGUAGUCUUGACUUGGAGGCUAGUGAGAAUGUUGUCAGAGCCUCUACUUCUAUUGAUAAUGGCUUGGGACAACAAGAACAAAUUGAACAACAACAACAAGAACAAAAGAAUCAUCACUCCACUCCAUCAGGAGGACAUGGAGCAGCACAUCAUUCCCAUUGGGGUGCUGAGAAUAUUACCUUUCUAGUUGUUGUUGGUGUUUUUCAAGUAAUUUUCCUUGUUUUAUUCUGGGUAUUCUUUGAUUAUGAACAUUCUGUUACCAAUUCAACAGAGACAACUCUUGCCCAUUUGAAUGAAGAAGCACACGCUGAUGUUGUUCACUAUUAUAAACCAAUGCUUGACGUUGGUAUUAUGGUGUUCGUUGGUUUCGGAUUCUUGAUGACUUUCUUGAGAAAGUACGGUUACAGUGCUUUUGGACUAAACUUUUUCAUUUCAGCAUUUAUUUUCCAAUGGGGUAUUUUGAAUCAAGCUUUUUGGAGAGCUGGUGUUAAUAAGGGUUUCCCAAUUACUGGAGAUCAAAUUGGUGUUUCUAAUCCAAGAUGGAUGGUUCACUUUGAAUUGCAAGAUUUAGUUGAAGGACAUUUUGCUGCUGCUUCAUUCCUUGUUUCUUUUGGUGUUAUUAUCGGAAAGGUUACUCCAUUGCAAUUGACUAUUGCUGGUUUAAUUCAUACUUUCUUCUAUGCUUUGAAUUAUUAUAUCGGAACUUGGGUUUUGAAAGCAUCAGAUAUUGGUGGAUCUAUGUUUAUUCACUUGUUCGGAGCUGUUUUCGGAUUACUCUGUUCUUUCGUAUUAUGGAAUAAGAAAGCUCUGAAAGGACAUCCUUUGCAAUCAUCACGUUAUACUUCUGACUUUUUCUCAUUAAUUGGUACAAUCUUCUUGUUCCUUUGUUGGCCUUCCUUCAAUGCUGCUUUAAGUCCUGAGGGUACAACUCAAUAUCGUGCCUUUAUUAACACAAUCUUGUCAUUGAUGGGAUCAGCUGUUGCCUCUUUCUUCUGCAGUAGAUUAGUCAGAGGAGGUUUAUUUGCUAUGGAAGAUAUUCAAAAUGGUACAUUGGCAGGUGGUGUUGCUAUUGGAGCUGUUGCUGAUUUUGUAAUUCUUCCUGGAGGUGCAUUGACUGUUGGUGUUGUUUCUGGUUUUAUUAGUGUUUUCGGAUUCAGAUUCUUCACUCCAAACAUGAGAAAGUAUCUUAAAUUACAUGACACUUGUGGAGUUUUCAACUUGCAUUGUGUUCCUGGUUUUAUUGGUGGUGUUGGUGCCAUUAUUGCUACUGGUGUUGCUGCUGCUCAAAGAUCAUCUUAUGGAGCUGUUUAUGAUAAGAUGUUUGCUAAUGGAACUCAUCAAUGGGGUUAUCAAUUUGCUACUUUGGCAAUCACUAUUGGUAUUGCCAUUAUUGGAGGUGUUGUUGCUGGCUUAGUUAUUAGAUGGUUGUUCCCUGAAAAGAGUGUCUUUAAUGAUGAAGCAUUCUGGGAAGUUCCUGAAGAUAGUUUGGAGUACGAAAGCGAGGAAGAAGAACAAGCUCCAAAGAAAGUUUCUACUGAUAUUGAAUUGAAAUCUGUCAAUGUUUAAUUUUGACAACAGUUUUGUAGAGAAUUAUAGUACGUGUACAUAUUCGUAAUCCAAGUAUUCUUGGAUUGUGUCUAAUUAGCAUUAGCACAAUUAACUUAUUUAACUUAUUACAAUAAAAUUAAUUUAUU